UUUUAUCUUGUAUUUUUUUAGACAUAUUAUGAAGUUUGAGAAUAAAAUAUUGAAAAACAGGGUGCGAGCUCACAAUGUGAGCUGUAGAAUAUUUCCUUUUAGUAUUAAAAAAAAAAAAAAUAUGAAAUUUGGUUGGUUCUACAAGGCGGUAUCGUUAUUUCCGAAGAGUGUAUUUUUGAGGACAAAAUGGAAUCGGCACCCGGCGCCUUAAAUAAUAACCCAUACCUACAUAUUUGUGUCAUUAUUAUAUAGUACGAUAUUUAAAAAAAAAAACUUUAUUUUUUCUGUUAAAUACUUAGAUAUAACAUUAUUGUAAUAUUACUUAUAUUUUAUCAACAAAUAUGUUAAAUAUUGUUGAUUUGAUAACAAAAGUGAGUUAAACAUAAUAUUAUUAAAUACAAACUUACAUAGUCGUCGGCUCUUUCUGUUAAGCUCGUAUUACCUGGAAUCAGAGAUCAUAAUAUAUAGGUAAUAGGCAACACGCCAACAUUUAUACAUACCUAUAUACGCCACACAAGAAUACGCAGAUCAAUAUUAUAUUAUAAUAGUAUAAUAAGCCCAAAACUCGGAAAGAGUGGUGGGUAUAGUACUAUAGUAUAGUGUUAGAGUGACGGUGGGGAGGGUAAAAGGGUUUUUUCCUCAAAGUGCAGGCAGGACAUAGGCCCCCGCCGAUUAUUGGAUUUAACGUUGUCGUCAUCGACGCCACUGGAGACGAGUGGUGAUCGGACCACGCUGGGUUCACGUCGGCCGUGAAAUAACCGUGGUGCGCUUGCCGAGUAAAUCGAAUUUGCAGAUCGCUGGCUCGCGUACGUGCGGGGCGCGGUGGGCAAGACCGAGGUGCAGCGCAUCUGUCGCCCGCGAAAACAUUAUUCCGUUAAGCGGAUAAUGAAAUGAAAUAAAAUAGAAAUAAAAAAAAAAAAAUGCCCCGUCGUAUGCACACAGGAAGAGGAGAUAUAGACUAUAGACGGCGAGGAGUCGGUGGAGGCGGGGGCGAAGGGAUAAACUCGCACUAUAUAUUUUAUUAUAAUAUAACAUGAGAGGAGCGGUGCUGGUCGAACUGUUGCUGCUGGGCAUCGCCGUCGGGUUCCAACGGGGUCCGCACCAUCCGAGGGCCGCCGUGUCUGGCGAACCGAGAAUCGAAAGCCACCAUCGCGAGCACCAACACCCUAAGCCCAUGGGCGACACGAAGUUCACUCAAGACAAACCGAUACUGCACGACAAGAGGCACAUUGAAGAGGAUCUUGGACUUCCAGACAUAGGCGAUAGUAAUUUAACAGAUGAAGAAUUAGAAUUUAGAUAUUUCAUUGCUCAUGACUAUGAUAAAAACACAAUGCUUGAUGGAUUAGAACUAAUGUCUGCAUUUGCUCAUAACAUGGAAAAUUAUGGGGAUACGGAACCAAAAAUAUCAAAUUUAGAAAAUUAUACAGAUUUAGUUGAUCAAAUACUGUAUGAUGAUGAUACAAACUAUGAUGGAUUUCUCAGCUACACUGAAUAUGUGAUUGCCAAGAACAAGCAUUUACAAAAUGCAUAAAAUAUUAAAAUAUAUUACUUUCUUAAAAUGUAUUGUUUAUUGUAAGUUAAGUAUUAUUUCAACACAAAUUUUAAUAUACACGUUAUGUUUCUUUCAAUAACUAA